AUGGAGAGGAGCAAUCACACAGUUACAGAAUUCAUUCUAUUGGGUUUCACAACAGACCCUGUAAUGCAGUUGGUCUUGUUUGCAUUAUUCCUUGGAGUCUACUCCAUGACCCUCCUAGGAAAUACCACCCUCAUUGUACUGAUCUGCAAUGACUCCAGGCUGCACACUCCCAUGUAUUUUUUCAUUGGCAAUCUUUCCUUUCUGGAUCUCUGGUAUUCCUCUGUCUACACCCCAAAGAUCCUAGUGACUUGCAUUUCUGAAGACAAAAGCAUCUCUUUUGCUGGCUGUUUAUGUCAGUUCUUCUUUUCUGCUGGACUGGCUUACAGUGAGUGUUACCUGUUGGCUGCCAUGGCUUAUGACCGCUAUAUGGCCAUCUCAAGGCCCCUGGUUUAUUCUCAGGCCAUGUCCUUCAAGUUGUGUGGAUUAUUGGUAGCUGCCUCAUACUUUGGUGGGUUUACCAAUUCUUCCAUUAUUACCAAAAGAAUUUUUUCCUUAAACUACUGUAGUGGCAAUUUUAUUGAAGACUUUUUCUGUGAUCUGCUUCCCCUGGUAAAGUUGGCUUGUGGCAAAAUAGGUAACUAUCAGGGUUUAAUGUACUUCCUCCUGGCCUCCAAUGUCAUAACCCCUACUACGCUCAUCCUGUCCUCCUAUGUCUUCAUCAUUGCCACCAUCUUAAGGAUUCGAAACACCCAGAGUCGCCUCAAGGCCUUCUCCACUUGCUCCUCCCACCUGAUCUCAGUCACCUUGUAUUACGGCUCUAUUCUCUACAUCUAUGCACGACCUCGGUCUAACUAUUCAGUGGGUUCAGACAAGAUUGUUUCUACAUUUUACACCGUUGUGUUCCCCAUGUUGAACCCCAUGAUUUAUAGCCUGAGGAAUAAAGAUGUGAAAGAGGCUGUCAAAAAGCUCUUCAAGUAA